UUCGUCUUUGUAACUGUAACUUCGCCGUCGUUGCGCAGUCUCACCGAGAAAUCGCCGGAAAUAUGUAAUUGCAGGUUACGCUACAAUGCGGUGGUUGCUUCAGGGAAGGGUUAGUUUGUGUAAAUACAAAGAAAGGUUUGAUUUUUUUCAGCAGAGAUGUGGUUUGGUUAAUGUUAAGUUGAAAUGGGUGAAAGAUAAAGAACUUGAUGCUGUUGUGAUUCGUGAAAAGCAUCUUAAAGCAGUGUGUAAUCUUGUUUCUGUUAUUUUGUCUUCUCCUGAUUCGAGACUACCUAUCUUUAAGCUUUUGCCUCACCGUGGUCAGUUAGGUUUGCCUCAAGAUGUUAAGGUUUCAGCUUUUGUUCGGAGAUAUCCCAAUAUUUUUGUGGAGCAUUGUUAUUGGGAUAGUGCAGGUACUCGUGUUCCUAGCUUCGGUUUAACGCGUGAGGCGAUGGAUCUUUAUUGUGAAGAAGCUGAUGUUUUGGAGGUGAAUAAAGGGGAUGUUCUAGUAAGGUUGUGUAAACUUCUUAUGCUUACAUGUGAAAGAACACUUCCUCUACAUUCCAUUGAUCAUCUCAGAUGGGAUUUAGGUUUGCCGUUUGAUUAUCGAGAUUCAUUGAUUCAUAAGCACCCGGAUUUGUUUUGUUUGGUGAAGUUGUCUAGUGACCUUGUUGGUUUGAAACUGAUGCAUUGGGAUGAUAGCCUUGCUGUUUCCCAAAUGAAACUGAGACAGGACGUUGGAAAUAAUGAUCAUAUGGCCUUCCCGGUGAAAUUUACGAGAGGGUUUGGGUUGAAGAGGAAGAGUAUGGAGUGGCUUCAAGAAUGGCAGAGACUCCCUUAUACGUCACCUUAUGUUGAUGCAUCUCAUUUGGAUCCAAGAACUGAUUUGUCUGAGAAGAGAAAUGUCGGAGUGUUUCACGAACUUCUUCAUCUAACAAUUGGGAAAAAGACGGAAAGGAAAAACGUUAGCAAUCUUCGUAAACCGUUUGCACUUCCCCAGAAGUUCACCAAAGUAUUUGAGCGUCAUCCGGGUAUUUUCUACAUUUCUAUGAAGUGUGAUACACAGACAGUGAUCCUUAGAGAAGCAUAUGAUAGGCGGCAUCUCGUUGAAACGCAUCCUCUCGUUGAAAUCAGGGAAAAGUUCGCCAACAUGAUGAAUGAAGGGUUUCUGGAUAGAAGUCGUGGACUGUAUCCGAGAUCUGUUGAGGCUCAUUUGGGGAAGAACAGUGUCAAGACAAUUUAUCCGGUUUGGUCAGAAGAAGAAGAAGAAGAAGAGUCGGACAAUAUAUCUCGAUAUGACUCUGAUUGUCCUGUAGUUGAAGAACAUAAACGGCUGUUUUAGUAGUGAGUAGGGUAUUCUGUUCCAGUAGGAACAAAUGAAAACAUAAGUUUUGUUACAGUAGGUGUGAGAAGUUAAAAGAACAUUCUGCAUCUAACUGUAGCAGCCUGAGCUCCCGGCAUCAAAUGGAUUCUCCAUCUAAAUUCAGUCAACUGAAUCUGAUACUUCAUCUUUCCCACAAUGAUCCAUUCUGGGAUGUUAUAAACAUAAAUCACCUUUGAUGGAACGCGAUAGACAACACUCUCAAUCGAGCUUUUAGCAUUUUCGCAGGCAAACAAAAGCUUGUUUUUAUCGGCGCUGGUGCUCCAAACCCGCAACAAGGACAUAGCAUUGCACUUUGGAUUUGGCAUGUAUGAUGUGUGCAUAUACACCUUUAUCAGUCACUCUGAGUCAUGACAUCGCGUUUUCCGGAAGAUGAUUAUUGGUCUGAGGCAUAUAUUGGAUCGUUGAUAGUGAGAGGUUGUUCUAUAUUUGUCAUUUAACAACAAUCAACUUAAAGACAUAAGAUGGUAUAUAGCUCUGUCGUCACAUUAGAUUGGUAUUGAACAUGUGAUAGGUCCAAUCAACAGCUUAUAAAAGCAUAGACCGUACAUAUUUUUCUCUAUA